AUGGCCUCAUCGGAGAUUGGUCGUACUUCCCAUGCGAAGAAACCUGCGAGAAAUGAUGGUCUUGCAUGGUUCCGCCACUGCCGCUGUUGGACUCAGAUGUACCGCCAUACCCGUGCCACGAUAGGGGGCGGGUUGGUAAGCAGCUUCGGCAAUUUCGCGGUCGAGUUCUUGUGUGCCACAACGUCGGAUGGCAUUGGUGAAGAGGGCGAUGAGUGUGACGAUGCCAACGGCGGAGAACGUGCUUGCGGCGGCGGCUGUGUUGUGAACAGGUCAGGACCAAAGCAGGCAUUAGUUGACGCAGCGCUCAAGCUCGUCGGAGUACCACUAGCAGCCAACGCCGUAAGGAACGAGGUCUGCGAGCGAGAAAGGAGGGCAUGUGAAGAGGUGAUGGAAGAAGCGUUGUCAAUGUUCAAGCGUUUGGGCAGCUCCGUUAAAACUCCGACGGCACAUGAUCAUGUUGGAUUCUAUUCCCUCCCACUGCUCUUUCUUCCCACCACAUCGUCUGCGUGCUUUUGUCACCCCUCAUUCUCAUUCGUCGUACUCCCACUCAAAUUCUCAUUGUGUUACCGGCUUUUCUCUGCCAACUCAUGCUUGCGACCUGGCCUACAAAUUCCAACAGUCUGUGUGAUGUUCCUGCCCUACGCAACCUGUAUGCCAACUCCAACAGAUAAUCUCUACUCAGCCAUUGGUAACUUCAAGGUGGCUGAUGCCUUCAGAAUACAAGCCCUCAAGGCUCUCACCGCAAUUAUUGACCAAACCUCCGCCCUCUGGGAAGUCAUGGGUGCUGGUCUUAUGGGCGGAACUAUUCCUUGGGGGCAAUUAUGGGUACUUUAUGCUUUUUCCGUCGUUGCGCGCAUUGAUUGGAGACCAAAGACCAAUCCGAAGACUCACUCUGGCCCGAAUAAGGACAGCUACCCAAUGAAUGCCUAA